AUACAUACAGUAUUACUCAAGAAAGCAAUAAACUUUUCUUCAAAUAUUUCUCCUUCUUUUUCGAUUUCUAACUUGGUAUCAGAGCCAUAAGCUCUCAAUUUUUCUUUUAUCACUGCUAGGUUACUGAGUUGGAUUUUCAGAUCUAUUCCAGAUUUGAAACUUUGUCAUUGGGUUCUUUUCUCUUACAGAUUGGAUUGUUUAUUCUCAAUUCUCACGCCUUUUUUGAGAUUUUUUUUGAGUUGUAAUUUCAGUCUUGGCAUCUAUUUCUUCAUAUUUUUAGAGACUUUUUCAGUAUUAUGAGUUCUACUGAUUCUGUGGUGAGUUUUGAAAGAAUUGUGACUUAUCUUGCUGCCGCAAUGCUUGCCAAAGAGGACCCACAAACGGGACAACUUCUUGAAACUGGUUGCAAGGUGUCAUCUUUUGAUCAACCUCCACUUUUUACUAACCCUUCUAUUGAGCUAUUUCCUAGUGACUCAGAUGCAGAUACAUUUGAUGUGCUCCAUGAUGCCUCUCCACAUGCUCCACCUGGUUCUAUAGAAGAUGUUCUACUUGCUGGUAAUGCAUUAGACAAUGCUGAGUCUUCUUCCUUAACCUCUUUUGUAUCACUUGUUAGAUCUAACCCUAUUGAUAUUGAGCCUAAAAAAGAGAUCCUUAAUCCACCGUCAUCCUACUCGGAUGAAUUACAAGCCCUUGACAAAACUUGUACAUGGGAUUUAGUUGAUCUUCCUACUAGAAAGCCUUUAGUAAGUUGUAAAUGGGUGUACAAGAUCAAAACUCAGUCUAAUGGUUUUGUGAAACGAUACAAGGCUCGUUUGGUUGCUAAAGAUUUUACUCAGGAAUAUGGGAUUGUUUAUAAGGAAACCUUUGCACCUAUUGCUCAUUCUACUUCAAUUCAUAGUUUGAUUGUUAUUGCUGCUGCAAAAAGAUGGAAAUUGUUUCAAAUGGAUGUGAAAAAUGCCUUUCUAAAUGGUGAUCUUACAAAGGAAUUUUACAUGAAACCACCUCUUAGACUUGAGCAUCCUCCUCCAAACAAAGUUUGUCAAUUAAAGCGAGCUCUGUAUGGUUUGAAACAAGCACCUCGAGCUUGGUUUGUGAAGUUUAGUACUACCAUAAGUGAAUUUGGUUUUACUUCUAGUCCUUAUGAUACUGCACUGUUUAUACGCAAAACUAAUCAUGGUAUGGUUGUACUACUUCUUUAUGUUGAUGAUAUGAUCAGUACUGGGGAUGAUAUUUCAAGUAUUCAUGAUCUUAAGCAAUUUCUCAGUCAUAAGUUUGAGAUGAAAGAUCUUGGUGUUUUGAGCUUUUUCUUGGGACUUGAGUUCACCUCUUCUGAUGAUGGUUAUCUUCUCUCCCAAACAAAAUAUGCUUCUGAUCUUAUAUCAAAAGCUGGACUCACUAACAGUAAGACUGCAUCUACUCCUCUUGAGCCUAAUGUUCGACUUACAUCCAUAGAUGGUUCUGCAUUAGCUAAUCCUACUCGUUACAAACAGUUGGUUGAAAGUUUGAUUUAUCUCACUACAACACAAUCAGACACAGUUUAUGCAAUUCAUGUUAUUAGCUAGUUUACAACUAUGCCUCUCUUCACUCACUAUGCAGUGGUAUUUUGCAUUAUUCGGUAUAUUAAAGGUACCAUGUUUCAUGGACUUCACUUUUCUGCUUAUUCAUCUCUUGAACUUCGUGCUUACUCUGACACUGAUUGGGUUGGAGACUCUAAUGAUUGUAAAUCUACCACUGGAUAUUAUCUUUUUCUUGGUGAUUCCUUAAUCUCUUAGCGUAGCAAUAAUCAGACAGUUCCAUC